AUAGCAAACUACGCAUUAUUUAUUUCUUUUUAAAUAAAUUUUAAAAAUUGUUUUGUCCACUUGAAUAUUUACUAUACAUAAUUUAUUCUAGGAUAUGAACAUCAAAUCUUUUACCUGCAUUGCACAUACAUCUCCUCGCCAUGGCAAAGUCUUUCAAACCUUUAAUGUUACUGUAUUAUAUCCUCCUGAAAUUCCCAUUCUAUCAGGUUACGAAGAUUCAGUUGAAUUAAGGGAAGGUGAUCGUCAGUCAUUUACAUGUUCGGGACCAGCAGGCAAUCCCCCAGCAGAGCUUAAAUGGUUUAGAGGAGAAACUGAGGUUUCAAGUGUUAGUUCUGUUGUACAAGGGAGGAUUACAAGCAUAAUAUCAUUUGAAAUUGAAGCGUCCGACAAUGAAAUAAGCGUGCGUUGUGAAGUGAAUAAUAGUGCCACUGUUGAACCUUUAGCUGCUGAAGUGAAACUAACAGUUUUGUUCCCUCCCCAAAAUGUAACAAUAUCAGUUGAUCCCUUACAGCCAAGAGAAGGUGAGACGGUAAAGUUAGAAUGUUGGUCUGGAAGUAGCAAUCCACCUGCAUAUAUUCAGUGGUGGAAAGAUGGGGUUAUUCUGAAAGAUCCUCAUAAGUCCGAAAUCAUAGACACUGUCUAUGGUGGAUCUUCUACAAGAAGUCGAAUAAGUGUUCCUGUUUCAUCAGCAGAUCAUGAAAGCCGGUUUACGUGUGAGGCUAAAAAUGAUGCUUUCCAACGUUCAGUGCAAGAAAAAGUCACUCUUAAUGUUUAUUAUGCUCCUGUAUUCGCGAUACCUGAGAAGGUUGUUGAAAUGAUUGAAGGUCGAUCUGGUGAAGUGAACAUGACGGCCAAAGCUUAUCCCGAAGUACACACUUAUAAAUGGAGUAAAAACGGAGUAUUUGUCCCUCGCUGGGCGAAGGACUACAGAGAAUCUCCUGUAGUCACUGCAAAUGGAGCUGUUCUGUAUUUCAACCACGUAUCUAGGCAUGAUUCUGGAGCAUAUACAUGCAUUGCUCAAAAUGUUGAAGGUUCCACCAGUGCAACAUUAACUUUGAACGUUUUGUAUCCAGCGUCAGUUACCAAUGUAACUACAAAUGUAGAAGUAGCAGAAGGAGAUACAACUCAGCUAGAAUGUACUGCUGAAGGAAAACCUUUGGAUGAAAAUGCAAUUAUUUGGAUGCGUGAAGGAUUGUCUUUAAAAUCUUCUAGCACAGAUAUCGGACGAUCUGUACUUAUAUUGAACAAUGUUACAAGAAAGGAUGGUGGUGUUGUGGAAUGUGUGGCAAAUAACAACGUAGGUCAUCCCUCCAGAAGAAAAGCCCAAAUCACAGUACUUUAUAGACCUAUCAUUCUGAAAAAUUUACUUCACCGAAAAGUUGCCACAGGAGAAAGAGAAUAUGGUGAAAUAUCAUGUUUUGCUGAAGGUUAUCCAGAGGUGACCUUUACUUGGUCGUUCAAUGGAUCUACUAUAAAUUCCGUUCAUUUGGAUUCUAUGAAAUAUAGUUUAAAACAGAACUUAAAUACUCAAAACCAGUGGUCAAGUACACUAACGAUUAGAAAUGUGGUGGAAGCAGAUUAUGGUGUAUAUACUUGUAUUGCUGGAAAUUCAAUGGGCCACGACUUUAUCACAUUUAAUCUUGUGAAAAGAAGUGGUCCAGAAAGUCCUGAAGGUUUAGAAGCGCUCAAUGUAUCACAUCAAAGUGCCCUUUUAGUCUGGAGCCCAGGUUUCGAUGGCGGACUAUCUCAAACAUUUCAGUUGAAAAUUCGAAAGAACCAAGAAAUGUCAUAUACAUAUGUGCACAUACCUAUAAAUUCGUCAAAUUAUUUAGUUACUGGACUUUCGCAAGGAGCCUUAUACGAAAUCUCAAUUGCUGCUAAAAAUUCUUUAGGAGAAAGUUUAUUUUCCCCUUCUAUUAACUUUCGAACAAAAAGUUUACCUGUAAUGGAUUCAACAAUAUCUGGCCCAAUAACUAGUAGCAAUUAUUCUGUUGAGUUUUUACCGGCUUGGCUUCUUGCCGCUGCAGUGAUAGGGAGUCUAAUUGUUCUUGCAAAUUUAUUAGUCUGUAUAAUUUACAUUCGACGGAAAAGAUAUGGCCGUGGUCGUCAAGCAGCCACAGGGACUCCAGUCAGUGAUGAGGAGAUUUCUAGAGAAAAGAUGUCCAAGAAAAUCCCUCCCGAAGAUCAUGCACCGUUUUAUUUAAGUGGAGCUUCAGUUGAUAUGCCUGAUGAUGGAUUGGAUGUCGAUAGUUUUCAA